CAAGAAAAGUUGUCAACAAACCAAGCUGAACGGUACUGGACGGCAAGACCAAUUUCGACGCGGGGAAAAGGGAAAUAUUUGUGCGUUACAGAGGAUAAAAGGAAAAGUGAAGGUUGUAGCGGUGCAGAGUUCUGAAAGGAAAGCAUGGAAGCAGUGGACAGUAGUAAUCCAGUGAUGCCUGAACCUGAAUGGGCCAAACCAAGAGACAAGAAUGCACCUCAACCGGAUAACAAGUCUGUAAUUGCUGCCUUGAAGAAAACUGCCUUUGUUGUUGGUACAGCUUUGAUUUGCUUUGCAGCAGCAAGAAAUACAAUCACUUGGCAUGUGGAGCGUUUCUGGGGAGCAUCUGGUGAUCUGUGGCAAGGCUGGUGGAAGCAGAUCCAUGCUUUAUUUGGUGGAGAUGAAUUUCUGCUAUCGGCUAUUGGAACAAAUGUGGUGACAUUUACUGUAUACUGGGUGUUCAGUGCAUUGUAUCUGUUUGUGGACUUCACUGGAAGACCCAAGUGGGCCUUGCAAUAUAAAAUUCAAGAUGGAUCAAAUCAGCCUCUUGACCGCAAGAAGGUUCUACGUGCAGUGAAGCUGGUUUUGUUCAACCAGAUUGUAGUGGGUGGAGCCGUAACCCUUCUCAUGCAUCCAGUGUAUGUCUGGCGUGGCUGUUCCUUUGGCCCAGAGUUACCCAGCUUCCACUGGGUGUUGUUUGAAAUUGCCAUCUUCACUUUAGUUGAGGAAGUUGGUUUUUACUAUAGCCACAGACUGUUCCAUCAUCCUCGCAUUUACCGCUUUGUUCACAAGAUUCACCAUGAAUGGACAGCACCGAUUGGCAUUGUUGCCAUAUAUGCCCAUCCUUUGGAGCACCUUUUGUCCAACCUAGGCCCUAUAGUCUUGGGCCCCUUCAUCAUGGGCUCCCACAUUGCUACAGCCUGGAUGUGGUUUUCUCUGGCACUCAUGACAACAAUCAACACACACAGUGGAUACCACUUGCCGUUUAUGCCGUCACCUGAAGCCCAUGACUUCCAUCACCUCAAGUUCACUCAGAAUUUUGGUGUUCUUGGUGUGUUGGAUCGCCUUCACGGCACGGAUGUCAUGUUCAGAAAUUCAAGGGCUUAUGACAGACACAUCAUGCUGCUUGGUUUUACUCCUUUAAAACAAACCUUUCCUGAUAACCCCAAGAAAGGGUCACCAAACAAGAGUAAAUGAGUUUGUUUCUAACUUAACGUACCUUUAAACGGAUGCCGUUAAAAACGGCUCGAUUUUUUUGUUAAAUUAUGUCUAGAAACAGCUGUUAAGGGUUCCAAGGUAAAUGUAAAAUGGCAAGUUAUUUUUGAGUGGUAUUUAUUUCAUACUAGCCUGCCAGGAUACCUUACAGUUGAGAUAAGUAAUAUAUAAAAAUGCAUGAUUGAUAGAUUUAUUGAAACGAGGAAAUUCUAGAUUUUUGAAGACCUGAAGCUAAUUUAUGGCUUCUGAAAGCUUUGUGCCUUUAAAAUGGUUACUUUUAAGCAAGAGUUUGUUUGGUAUAAAGAUGGACAUAAUCUUUGUUAAAUCUGUGUUAAAUCUGUGUUAUUUAAGGCUACAUAUGAGUAGCUAUAUGUUAAGAGUGUAGGUGUCAAUAUCUCUCGGGUGUGUCAAUAUUCAGUGAUAAUCGUUGGGACAUUGUGUUAAGUCUGUGUUCAUGAAAUGAAAUUAAAGCUCUGAAAUUUUA